AUGGCCGCACAAAGAGAACGGGAACUAAAGCUAACCGAUGACCUUUCACGCAGUCGCACAGAGCAUGAAAACCUCAGUGGGAAACUGGCUGAACAGAAAAAGGAAAUGGAGCAGCUGAAUGAAAAGCUCUCUGCUGAAUUCAAAAACCUGGCAAACCAGAUAUUUGAGGAAAAAUCCAAAAAGUUUACUGAUCAGAAUAAAGAAAACCUCGGUGAAUUGCUGAACCCUUUGCGGGAGCGUAUCGCUGAAUUCCAGAAGAAGGUGGAAGAUACCAAUACCCAAAGCGUUCAGCGUAAUGCAGCUUUGAAUGAGCAAUUAAAAAACCUGAAGGAACUGAACCAACAGAUCACUCAGGAGGCAAAAAGCCUCACCCUGGCCCUGCGUGGAGAUUCCAAGACGCAGGGUGGCUGGGGUGAAAUGCAGCUGGAGAGCAUACUGGAGAAGGCGGGCCUGCAGAAAGAUAUUCAUUACUUUAAGGAGAAGAACCUUAAAACAGAUGAAGGCAGCAAUCAGCGACUGGAUUAUAUCAUUAGCCUGCCGGAUGGCAAACACCUUAUACUGGAUUCCAAAGUUUCAUUAACGGCCUACAGCCGCUAUUACGAUACAGAAGAUGAAACCGAGCAAAAGCAAUACUUAAAGCAACACCUGGAUAGCAUCAACGGGCAUAUUAAAAGCCUGGGCGAUAGAAAUUACCAAAGCCUUUACGAUAUUAAUCCUCCGGAUUAUGUAAUGAUGUUUGUGGCCAAUGAACCAGCACUGACCAUUGCCCUUAAAGAAGAUCCGCAAUUGUAUGAAAAAGCCCUGGACCGAAACAUUGUGCUGGUAUCCACUACCACUUUACUCGCUACCUUACGCACUAUCUCUUACAUCUGGAAACAGGAUCUGCAAAACAAAAAUGCGGAGGAAAUUGCACGGCAGGCGGGCUCGUUGUAUGACAAAUUUGUGGCUUUCAGCGAAGACCUUAUGAAGCUGGGAAAUCAACUGGGCACCGUACAAAAGACCUACCAGGAAUCUAUGAAGAAAUUAACGGAUGGGCGUGACAACCUGGUCCGGAAAUCAGAACGUAUCAGGGAACUCGGAGCUAAAACAUCCAAACAAACGGAUCAGCGACUGCUGGACAGGGCGGACGAUUAA